AUGGAGGACAUAGAAGAAGUGUCAGAGACAAAUGUCUCUAGUGUAGCAUCGCCAGUCGCCAAAACACCUCCAAAAAUGGGUUGGGGAGACCCGGAAGUGAAACCGAAACCAAGAGCAUUACCUACUUUAGCUAGUCGGCCAGCUAUGCCCAGCCCGAAGCAGUUAUUUUCACCGCCAUCUGAGGUUUUGGAAGGAGAGGUAGGGUUAAUAUCUAAAAUGAGGUAAAAUACAAUGUCUUUAACGAAAUUAUUCAAAAUUUAUGUUAAAAAAGAUAGAAAAAUGUUUAUUUUAACAUGUUAUGUACAGUUUACAUCAAAAUAUUUUUAGAGGUCACCAGCGUUCAGCGAACCGCCAGGAAUGGGCACGGUAUCACAAUCGCCUUCUGGAUUGUUGUCGCCAAGCUCGGAUUUACAGCAAAUUCAUCAUUCUAAAAGGUAAAAUACGUUUUUUAUUCCUUCCUUUUUCGAUUUGGACGUUUUUUUUUUAAUUCUAAAGUUGGCAUAAACAAAAAAUGGAGUUUUAAAAGUUUUGCACCGUGCAACCGAAAUUAAUUUCUAUUGCACUGUGCAAUGGCUUUUUAAACUUUUAAGUGCAUAAAAUAUGGUUGUUAAUCGUUUAAUUUAAAAGGAAUAUCAUUUAAAUGAAAGUUAAUAACCUCAUUUACAAUAAUUUUUUUAGAAAAUAUUGAGAAAUUCGUCAAAAAAUAGGAUUUUGCACGGUACAAUCGAAAUUGUUUUAUUUUGCACCGUGCAAUGGCUGUUUUACUUCUUGUCGUUUUAAAAUACGCUUUUUAAGUAAACGUAUGGAUGAAAAAUUGGAGAAAAUGAAUUUUUUUGGUUUGAUUAGUUGUAUUUUUUUGAAAUUAAAAAAAAAACUUUUUUUUUGAAUUUGAAACUUAAAAUCUUAAUCAAAAUUAACUUUCCAGCUUCGACUCAGCUUCCCUCUCUUCUCGUUCCUCCAAACGUACCACUUUGUCGGCCGAAAUGUCCUCAAUAAUCCGUCAACGAGUCCGCCAACAAGCAAAAUCAAUAGUGGAGAAGAAGCGGGGCUCGGUACAGCUAGCCAAACGAUUGCUGAGAAGUCAGACUUUGCAGGGUUUGGAAAAGGAGAGCUUGGACUACAAAAGUGGUGACACUUUUAUUGAACAGGCCUUGAAAAUGGGAUCGAAAUAUGUGACCAAAGAGCAGUCGCUUCUGCCUCCGGAUUUCGUUCAAAGAGAGUUUUUUCAAUUUGAAAAUGAAAGGAAGAGUGAAAAAGAUGAGAAGAUCUACAGUAUUCCUACUGUGUAUGCUAAGCCGAAGAGUACGGAGAAGAAUAGAGCUGAAUAUUCGAGCUUAUUGACCAUUUAUAAGCCUACGUCUGGUGCUCAUAUUGAGGAUCCUUUGGCCAGGUAAGGGUAAUAUUACUUUUUGCUUUUGUAACUUUGUUUUGGGUUAGGUUAGAGUAGGGUAAGGUACGGAAGUUUAGAGUAAAGUAAAGUUAAGUAGGGUAGAGUAGAGUAGGGAAGGAAAAGGUAGUGUAGUGUAAGUUAAGGUAUGAUAGGGUAACGUAAGGUAAGGCAGGUUAGUAAAGGGUAAGGUAAGGUAAAAUGAAAGCAGGAUAUUGUAGGUAGAGUAAGAUAAGAAUACGGUAGAGUAGGUGAAGUAGUAUAGAGCUAUGAUGCGGUAAUGUGAAGCAGAGUUUGGGCAGACUAAGGCAUUUUAUUACUAAUGUAAAGAUAAAGCCGGACUGGUAGUCUUGACCAAUAUAAGCCUAGGGUAUUUCUUGGGUAGGGAGAAUAGGGUAAAGUAGGGUAGGGUAGGGUAGGGCAGGGUGGGGUAGGGUAAAGUAGAGUAGGGUAGGGUAGGGUGGUCGGGUAGGAUAGUGUAGGAUAGGGUAAUGUAGAGUAGGGUAGGGUAGGAUCGGGUAAAGUAAGAUCUCAUUCAUAAUUUCAUUUUUUCAGAAUGUACCCCCAAAGCUUCAAAUCCCAAGCCUCUCGAAAGUUUGACCUGAUCGUUCCACGGCACGGUGCGCCUUUUGCUUCUUCUCAAACCGGCGUUCUAGGCUUAAACCCAACCAUAAUGACAAGAAAGAUAAAACGGCCGAAACGAGAUGAAGAUGAAGAUUUCGAAUUAAUCGAAUUUGUCUCUCCAAUUCACUGGACUGAUUGGGAAAACUUUGGUCUAGCACCGACCAAGUAUUAUCAACUAACGGUCGAUAUUAAUAAGGUGGAGUUUGAACAUCACUGGCUGUUUGGGGAGGAGGACGUUUUGGCACGGCGGUGAGUGGAAAGAAUGUCUACCCCUUAUCCCCUGCCCCGUAUGUAUUGCUUUACCCUACAGUAUGAUUUGCCCUACCCUACCCCGGACUUACCGUACCCUGCCGAUACCUUUCUUCUUACUCCUAUCUCUAGGUAGAUCAUUUGCUCUACUUUAACUUUGCUUAACUCCACCUUACACCUACACUACUCUAGAAAAUAUAUUAAACACCAGUAAUAAGAAAGGUAAUUGCCAUCUUUUAGCCUUCGCCGCCUUCAUUCAGACUACAUUUUAUCGACCGAAAAACUGGUCGAUUUGUGGAAGGAAGUGGUUGAAUUAAGGAAGCGAAUAGAGCUAGAAAUACUGAUAGAAAAUGACAAAAAACAAAUAAAUGAAGAAUUGGAACAAAAGUUUGAAGAAAUUCAAAAGUUAAGACAAGAAGUACCAUUACUUGGUGAGGUUAUGGAGAAGUCAUACGAAGAAUUGAAAGAGUAUUGGGAGAAAAGUGGCAAAAACAGUACUCAUUACAAGCUGGUCAAGAUGGGAAAGUAAGUUCUUGCAAUUUUAAAGGCUGUAAAGAAAGUUAUUGCUAUUUUUUGCUUUGUAAAGAAAGUUAUUGCCAUUUUAUGUUCUGUAAAGAAAGUUCUUGCCAUUUGUGUUUUGUAAAGAAAGUUAUUGCCAUUUUUUGGUGUGUAAAAAAAGUUCUUGCCAUUUCUUGCUUUGUAAAGAAAGUUAUUGCCAUUUUAUGUUCUGUAAAGAAAGUUCUUGCCAUUUUUGUUUUGUAAAGAAAGUUAUUGCCAUUUUUUACUUUGUAAAGAAAGUUUUUGCGAUUUCAUGCUCUGUAAAGAAAGUUACUGCUAUCUUUUAAAAAUUUUCAUUUUCAGCACUGAAUACAGCAACCUAGAACUGCCACUAUACGAGCUGAGACAUCUUCAUAUCAAGGUAAAAUACGAAAGCUUUUUUAAAGUCUCUGUUAUCCUUGAAUUACACAGUGCUGAGCUUACUAUUAAAUGCAGACAUAAAAAACCAGCCAUCUUUUGCCUGUAAUUUCCUGUAAAAAAUGGCGGGUUCUUUAUGUCGGCAACUAAUAUGUUAAGUUAUCAUAAAGUUUUUACAUUUUCUGAUAAAAAAUUUCAGGACGAAACCCCAGUCCAGUCAGCCCGUCUCCUACCACGCCAAAUCUCAGUGCAGGACCAGCUCAAACGUCAAGAUCAAGAACGAAAAGCUGCUUUGAAAAAAUGUCGCCUUAGGGUCGAGAUCUACUUCAACAAGAUCCUCGUUUCUCGUACUGAAUCCAAACUUCUGGAGCCGGACUUCACCGUCACCUUCGGGCAGGUCUACAAUCUUCGAGUACAUGAACAGCCGGAUACGGUAGAGUUGGUAUUUCAGGAGAAGUUUGGUGGUAAUGCGUGGAAGAGCAUGGCCACGAUAUUUGUCCCAUUCGAAUGGCAUUUGGACUGUCCUGACAGGAAGCUGGAGCCGUUGGACUUUGCCGCCGAUUGGGAGAUUCAGAGGUAUGGAAAGAUAGUUAUUGCGGUUUUAGUGAAGUGAGGUUUUAUGGCAAGGACGGCGGGGGGGGAGGGUGAAGGAAGGUAGGAUUUGAAUAGAAAAGAGGACGGGCCUUUUCAAACUUGUUUUGACCUAGGUUAGAGUAGGGUAGAGUAGGGUAGGGUAGGUUAGGGUAGGGUAGAACAGAGUAGGGUAAGGUAGGGCAGGGCUAAUGUUACGGCUUCUGAUUGAUGUUGUUUUAGCUUCAAAGGCAGUAUUGGUUGUGGAGAUCCGCCGAAAGCGCCUCACAUGGCUGGUCGAUUGUUUUGUAAUGCCAUUUGGAUGGAAGACGAGAAACCAUGGAAUUAUGACAAGAACGUUCAGGUAGCCUAACUUACUACUUACCCUACCCUACCCUACCCUACCCUACCCUACCCUACCCUACCCUACCCUACUCUACACUACUGUACCCUACUUUACCUUACCUUAUCUUACCUCGCUCUAGCCUAUCUUGCCGUGCCCUAACCUGCUUUAUUUUACCUUACUCUACUCUAGUUUAUCUUACCUUACCGUAUCUUCACCAUUAUUUAUUUUUUAUAGAAAUCCCGAUCAAAUCAAGACGAAUCCUUCAAUUUGAUACCUAAAGAAACCCUCCUCACUUCAAAAUCCGACUCCGACCGUAAAAACGACCAUCGUCUAGAAGCCCUCUCCAAACGGUACCAAUCACGGCGAUUUGGUGGUCAAACAGUACCAUUUGACAAAAUCGACCAAAUAGGACUGGUCGAAACCGAAUUCGAAGCCAGUUUCCUAGUAGACGAGUUGAAAACCGAAGAUAGUGCCUUAGGCAUUAGUGUGAACGAGUCCCACUUGGACGUGAUUCAUGAGCUGGGCCUUCAGUACGCGGUGAAUCUGCGUCAGAAUCUGUACGAUGCCUCGAGGCAUUCGAAGAGUUCGAGAAGCUUCGAUUCGGUGGUCCGAGAAGAGCCUAUCCCAUUAUUUUUCGACCUGUUUGGGACGAUAUUCAGACCGCCGGACAUAUCGAGGAAGCUGAAGCCAAUGAGAGGACAAAGAGCACCACAAAGCACUAAACAUGCCAACUAUAGAAUCGUAGUUAAUAUUCAAAAUGCUGUCAAUUUACCGGAGAAAAUUAGUGGAGAAGCUACUAAUGUGUUUGUGGAUGUGGUGUUUAGGGUAAGGGAGGGGGGAGGGGGUAGGGUAAGGAUUGAUAGGGUAGUAGUAAGGGUCAAGGUAGGAUACAUGUAGGGGAUAAAGGUAAAGGUAUGUUAGGGUAAGGAGGGUAGGGUAGAGAUUGGUAGGGGUAAAUGUAAGGGCAGAGAUAAGGGUAGGGUAGGGAUAGGUAAGGUAGAUUAGAGAAAGGUGGAGAUGUGUAACGGUAAGCCUAAGAAAUGGUAAGGAUAGGUUCGGAUAAAGCGUGAGGGCAGGGCGUGUUAAGGGUAGGGCAUGGUAAGACUGGGGCAUAGUAAAACUGGGGCAUUUUAAAGCUAGGAUUUGGUAAAGCUAGGUAAGGGUAGGGCCUGGUGAGGCUAGGGAAUUUUAGAACUAGGGCGUGUUAAGGCUAGGGCUUGGUAAGGCUAUGGUGUGGAAAAUCUAGGGGUAUGGGUAUGAGGGGUAGGAGUAAGAAUAGGGACAGGAGCAGAGGCUAGGGUAGUAGGGUAAGGUAGAGUAGGGUAGAGUAGGGUAGGGUAGGGUAGGGUAGCCUAGGGUAGGGUGGGGUAGGGUAGGGUAGGGUGAAGUAGGGUAGGGGUAGCUCUUAGCAAUUCAACUCAGCUAUUUUUCAGAAAAAGCACCUCCAAACAGCGGCGGUAGAAGGUCGUUACGCCAACUGGCAAGACACCCUAAUCCUCGAUUUGGAAAGUGAUGCUGAUAUUCAUUUCCAAAUGCCAUUUAUAAACGAGAUGAUCGAGUUCCGAUUGUAUGAUCGAUGUAUAAGCUCGUUAGCUAGAGAUAAUCGAGAGAUCAAUACAAUCCAUGAGCAAUGGGAGAACAAGUGGCUGGGAGAUGUGUUAGUGCCAUUUUCAGCCAUAUAUACUCAAGGAAAGCUGGAUGGUGCUAUGAAUAUCCGAAAACCUGCUUUUCAUACUGAUUAUAAGUGAGUUUUGGACGAAAAUUUGCAAAAACUUUCUUUACAAAACAGAUUUUUUGGAAAACCGCAAUAACUUGCUUUCCAGAUUUUAAAACUUUAAAAAUAUAUAAUUUUACAAAAAAAAAUUUUAAAUGAAAAAAAUGAAAUAAAUUUUCAAUAUUUAGAAAUCUGGACAAAGCCUCCCAGCUAAAAGUGCUAAUUACUAUCGAUCCACCCUUAUUACCUCCAAAGCUGGUCUUCAAUAACUUGUUUACGGAAAACGAAGAAAAUGAGGCAAGAUUUAAUGUCUUUUUAUGGUGUUAG